CGUUUAUCACCAUGCAUUUCUACAUCUUAGUUAAUGCUAAUUCAUGCUCAUUUAAAACCACACGUGAUCGAGUACAAUUUCAAAUGAUUAAAAUGCAGUGUUUGAAUGAAUCCAGUCUUUCGUUUUAGUGAAAGUCACUUCUCUCUGGAGCAUUUCUGAUCUGCUGAGUCUGAGCUUUAAACGAGGCCAGCAAACGCCUGUGGUUUAUCGUGUUUGAAGCACGCUGUGGUGUGAGGUGUGCUUUCUUACAUCCGCAAGCAGACUUGAGAAGAACAGACUGAAAAACUGAGGAUGAUGUUCUUGCUUCUUCUUGUGCUGAUCUCCUUCAUCUCUUCAGGUGUGCUUUCCGAUGAAAUUGAGUUCAUAUCAGGGAUGAAGGGAGGUUCUGUCACUUUGCUCACUGGUGUCGCUGAAGUACAGAGAGAUGACCUGAUACUGUGGACAUUUGAAAAUAAAGACAACCUGAUCGCUGAAAUCCAUAAGCAGGUUAAAUAUGUGUAUCACGGCAAAGAACAUUUCAUGCUGGAACAAAAAACUGGAUCUCUGUCCAUCAUAAACAUCACACCUGAGCACUCUGGAGUUUACGAACUCACAGCCAUCAGCGGCGGGAGAACCUUGUACAAGAGAUUCGGUGUUACUGUCAAUACUUUGGAAAUGAACGCCGCUUACCUGCCGGUUCCUGUCAUCAGAAGAGACUCCUCACAGUGUGCUUCAUCAUCUUCAUCUUCCUCAAACUGCUCACUGUUGUGUUCGGUCGUGAACGCGAGUCACGUGACUCUCUCCUGGUACAGAGGAAACAGUUUAUUGUCCAGCAUCAGUGUGUCUGAUCUCAGCAUCAGUCUCUCUCUACCUCUGGAGGUGGAACAUCAGGAUAAAAACAUCUACAGCUGUGUGAUCAACAACCCCAUCAGAAACCAGACUCAACAUCUGGACGUCAGCAGACUCUGUCACACGUGUGAAGACUCGGUCUCGUGCUGCGGUCCCAAUGAAGCUGUGAUCCGAUUGGUCGUCUCUGCUCUGGUGGGCGUGGCUACUGUCGCUGCCGUGAUUUAUGACUUCAGAUCUUGAAGAGUCCAUGGAAAAUUCCUAAAUUGUAACCUAAAUGGUUUCGCUUAAAUGAAUAUAUUAGUAUGCGAGACAGAACUGGCUGCUAAGCUCUUUCAAACUAAACCAUUAUUUGGAAAAACUGUAAAUAAAGCUUCAAAAGAAUAAACUUUUAAAACUUGGGAUUUGGGAAUGUACAUAUAAACGUGAAAAACAUUGCUAUUUUUUCAAAUGCAAAGGUUAUAGUCUUGCAUUAAAACCAUUAACGUUAACAAUUAACCUACCGUUUUACUAGAAAUUAAAGCAAAAAAACAAUUACGGUAAAAUUACGGUAUUUAACUGUGGUUACACAAAUAGUAAUGCACUAAAUAAUAAUGCAUGGUUACUACUGUUACACGUUUUAGAAAUAAA